CUAAUUGCCCACCGCGAUUAUCAGCUCAUUUUUUCUGGCAGUGCUGAGUUGACAUCUAUCCAAAAACAUAGAAUCUAAAUGUCAUUUUGACUUAUAUCAGCGGCAGGUGUCCCCGGCUGUCAAGUUGCAAUUAUUCCCGGUUUGCAUGCUAUGCUGGCUUUUUUUGGCUCGCGUGAAUGUAGAAAAGUUACAACCUCGUCUUUAACUGUUUAUCUGUUUUGUUGCUUUCUAUAGUGAUAUUGGAAAUGGUGGAGUUAAUGAAUGGUAUUUUGUCCCGAGUGAUCGGAGAGAACUGCACGGAACGCUAUCUAGUCGACUAUGAUUUUUUCGAUGGUGAAUGUUUCAAAGUGAUUCUGAGUAAAGGUCUUGGAUUUGGAAUUAUUGGUGGAUCUUUAUUGGUAAAAGUGCCGCAAAUAGUGAAAAUUCUUUCAAAUAAAAGCGCCGAAGGAAUCAAUUUAUUCAGCGUUUUACUGGACCUUUUUGCAAUAACAUGCCAUGUAUCGUAUAGUUUUGUUAACGGAUUUCCUUUUACGGCAUGGGGCGAUGGUACAUUUCUCGGAAUGCAGACCGCAGCUAUUGCAGCUUUAAUCCUCUUCUAUGGUGGAUCUCUCCUCAAAUCGAUCCUCUUUGUAUUACUUUACGUUGGAGCCUGUUUUGUACUAAUGGGAGGAUUGACUCCAAUUGAAUAUUUAUGGUCGAUGCAGGCACUUAAUAUACCAGUUUUAGUGCUUGGAAAGUUAUCGCAAGCGUGGACGAAUUUUCAAAAUAAAAGCACCGGCCAGCUAUCGGCGGCAACCUGCUUUAUGCUGUUUGCAGGUUCAGUGGCCAGAAUAUUCACAUCCGUUCAAGAAACUGGUGACUUCAUGAUGGUAUUAACGUACUCAGUGUCCACAUUCGCAAAUGGAGUUAUCGUAUCCCAAAUGCUAUACUACUGGAACAAACCAACCAAAGCAAAGCAAGGAAAGAACAAACAAAAUAAAACGUCCACUAAACAGUCAAAGAGUAAAAGCAAAAAGGCUGAUUAGUUUUUAAGAAUAUAUACAUUUGAGUCAAAUAAUUGUAUAAGGAGAAAACUUUCAAUUUUUAUGACUUGGAAUAAAGACAAAAUGUGAACGGUCCCGAAUUGGUUUUGCCAAUCGUGUCACUGAACAUUUCACACCUAUAGAAUAUCAUUAAACUCCUUGAGCUUUGUUCUGAAAGAUCGUUUUACACAAUUUCGCAUUAA